AGGCAAAGAAAGAGAAAGAGAUUUUAGAGAGAAGGAAAAGAAAAGAGAGAGAAAGAGUUGAGUUACUGAGUUGGGAUCAACCGAGUUGGAGUGACCGCAUCAACAAAGGCUCUAAUCCUAAAAAACCCACAAAAAGAAAAAAGAAAAAAAAAAACAAAAAAAACCACAGGGGGGGGGGGGGGACUUGGGCUUUGGGUCUCGGGGUGGUGUGGAAUUAGCAAAAAAAUGGUGAACAAGAAGAAGAUUAUUAGUCCUCCUCCUCUUCUUUACCACCACCUUCUUCUUUCUCUCUCUUUCUCAUUCCUUAUCAUUCUUACCAAAACUUGGCUAACCCUAAUUUCCAAUUCCAACUCCAUCUCUUACCUCGCUGUUAUUUUUUACAAAAUCCCCGCAACCAAACACCAUCUUAGGUCUUUGCUCACCACCCAAUUCCUUCUCUCGACAAUUCUUUCUCCCUCUUUGUUUCUUGUUUUGUUUGCCCUAUUCUCUCUCCUUCGGCACCUGGGCUUCACCCCCUUUUUUCUUUUUCUUCUCAAGGAAGGUCUUUUGUUUCUAUUUAUACAGCGGAGUUUCGAGCUUGAAUUCUCUUCGAACGAUAAGGUUUUUUGACUUUUCUGGAGUACGUGCUUUUCUUUUUUUGUAAUGUACUGAGAAAUAGCAGCACAAAAACUUUGCUAUUUCACUAAUGGAAGAGAUUGGUGGUACUCAUCGAUUUGAUGGUAUUGGCAAUGCUAUAAGGAAGAAGAGGAGCCAAACUUCACGCAGACCUCGACCUGAUUCACAGCCAUAUAAUGAAACUCAUGACCUGUCACCCUUGUCAUUGUCACCACCUUCCGAUGAUGUGAAUAAGGCCUCUAGUGAUGAGAAUCCUGGUUGUGAUUCUAAUUCAAGGAGGAAAGAGCUCAGUCUUAAUCAAUGUAUGUCCAGGGUUUCUUCUGCUGCAAGUGUUGAUGGUGAAAAGCUCCAUAGAAAGGAUAGGAGGGAUGGAGAGUUCAAUGCAUUUUACAAUAACGAGCCUGGACGAAGUGGGUUCAAUAACAAACGAUCUAGUGAAGGUGUCCUGGCUCCAGCUAACUGGAAAAGCACAAGUGUUGUUAAGGAUUGUUUUGAAUCAGAAUCAAGAAGCGCAGAUGUAUCCAGUGGACAGAAUAGUGAAAGUCCAAGUUCUAGGCAGUCAGGAGUCUUGUUAGAUGGAUUUGGAAAUGAGAGCAAGGUUAAAAAGGUUAAGCUCAAGGUUGGAGGUGUUACACGAACAAUUCAAGCUAACUCUGCGUCCAAUGGCACAACAGGGGGUGGUUCUUCUGCAAAGAGUUCUCGAAUCUCAGAUGCCUCUAGACUGCGGCAGAACCAUAGUACACAGGCAAGCUCGGAUGAUAAUACUGUCUCUUCAGAUAAGAGGAGUGGCUUACAAGGAAUUCCGUGGAAAGAUUUCUCAAAAGGUGGUUUUAGUCUCGGGAGGGAUGAUUCUUUGAUGGGGAAGAUGUCUAGUAAGAAUUAUACUGGAAGGGAAGUGGACAGGUCUGAAACAGUGCGGAAGAGCAAGCGAGUCCCUAAGAAGCGUUUGCUUGAUGGGGAUUUUGGUGAUGAUGAUGAGGAUGAUGAGAUUCGAUACCUGGAAAAAUUGAAGACUUCAAAAGUUGCAGGUUAUAAAGAAGAUGAUGAAGAAUCAAGCAAGAAACAUAGAAAACUUUCUGCUGUUUCUAAUAUUGAAAAUGUAUGUUCUUCGAGGUUGGCCAAAGACAGUAAGAAGAAAUCUAAGAGAGUUAGGUUUUUGUUGGAUACUGAUUAUGAGGAAGAAGACUCAAUUUCUGAUGGUGAACUUGAUGGUAAGAAGAAGAAGAAUCCAAGGAAGGAAGCUGUUGACUUGUUGAUAGAUGGUAAGAGGGAAAUGACUCUGACAACACGUCAACGGGCACUUCAGUCUAGCAAAGAUUCCUCUUCAGCAUCUGGUGCAAGCUUAAUUGAGUUUCCAAAUGGUUUACCACCUGCUCCUCCAAGAAAGCAAAAGGAGAAACUUACAGAUGUGGAGCAGCAACUGAAGAAAGCCGAGGCUGCCCAGAGACGCAGGCUGCAAGUUGAGAAGGCUGCUAGGGAAUCUGAGGCUGAGGCAAUCAGAAAAAUACUUGGUCAAGAUUCCAACAGGAAGAAGCGCGAAGACAAAAUAAAGAAGCGCCAGGAAGAAUUGGCUCAGGAGAAGGCUGCUAAUGCUUUAGCACUUGCAUCAAACACCAUCAGAUGGGUGAUGGGUCCUACUGGGACUGUUGUGACAUUCCCCAAUGAAUUGGGCUUUCCAAGUAUAUUUGACCCCAAACCUUGCAGUUACCCUCCACCGCGGGAAAACUGUGCUGGACCUUCAUGUACUAACCCAUACAAGUAUCGGGAUUCGAAGUCGAAGCUUCCCCUUUGCAGUUUGCAGUGCUAUAAGGCAAUUCAGGAAAAGAUGCUGGCUGAAGCUAGUUGCUAAUGCUGCCUACAAUCUUCCUCUAUUUUUUGUAUUUUUGGAGGCUGGAUCAACUUUUUUUCUUUUUUUCUUUUUUUCCUGUUUAACGUAAUAUAGAGGGAUAUAUACGAGUAAGUAUAGAUCGUUGGGUUUCUGUAAUAUACUCCUUUUAUAAAAUAUAUAAUAUACAUAAAAUAUAUGUUGCUCCCUUCAUCUAA